UUAGUUUUUUUAACGAAUUGGAAAUAGGUAGGAAAUAGAAAAUGGUACAAAUAUAUGAUUCCUUACACACUGCUUUAGAAAAUACCAUUACUUUAGUAGUACUCUGAAGCUGAACUUGCGCAUAAUAUAAUUUAGCAUCAUGUGUGAACUCCAUUGUAUUUCUGGUUUUCAACAUGCAGUGAAAGGCGGCUUGGCAUUUUAUGGAUCCAACACAUUAUUCUACUUAGCAGGUCAAACAGGAGUCUUCCAUAACCUCAAAGACAAUUCGCAGAAAUUUUUCCCUAUAGAUGAGCAACAAGAAGUCACAGCAAUGACUUUAGUAGGAAAGGAAUUUCUAAUAUUAACUACAAAAGGUUCGGAACCUAAAGUAUCGGUUUAUAACCUAAAAACAGGAGAUAAAUUAAUACUUAAGAAUCCUGAAAUUAUUAGAAGCGAUAAAUAUAUUCAUCUUUCGAUUUCCUGCGAUGAUGAAUUUCUGGGUGGACAAUGUGGAUUUCCCGAUUGGAAAUUUGUGUUAUGGAACUGGAAUGAGAAGCAGGUUGAAAAGUGUUUUAGACCUCUGCGAACUGAAAUAGGAGCUAAAGUGUAUAAGAUAUGCCAAUAAAAAGAGUGUCGCAGACAAAAAUGUAUCGUGCUUGCUUACAACUAGAUAUGGACUACUCUGCAGUUAUGACGGUGAUUCUAUUUACUGCUUGCACAAUACUGUGGACGGUAAACAUUUCAAGGUCACGACCUCUAUUCAUAUUUCCAGAGCACAUGAACGUCACAAAUUUCGAAUUGUUCAACUGACACAAAACCAGAACGAAGAUCUUGUUGCAGCAAGUACUGAUGUUGGGCAGAUUCUUACGCAUUCCUUUGUCAUGUCUGAUUUAUUAGGGGAUUUAGGUUAUGAAGCUUAUUUUCACGUUAUUCUGGGCCGGCAGCACACAAGUGUAGUGAAAUGCACGGAUUCGGCGAUUUGUAGAUCCAUCCAAGCAACGUGCUCAUCUGAAGUUGUUAUUCUUAGAGAUUUUCUCAAACAAUCUGUGCUGUUCUGGGAGAAAAUGGAAAAUAAAAUCUGCAGUAUAGCCAUUCAUCCGCUAGGACUUAACCUUUUGAUAGGAUACGACAAGGGCGUAAAGUUUUACAAUAUACUGCUCAACAAGUUGGUUGAAGUGAAGCAUUUUGACCAAUAUUCAUAUCCACAGGUUAGCUUAUCUAAAGCAGGCCAUAUGAUGGUGCUUACGAGCGGUUCUGAUAUUCAUGUUUACAAUCUAAAUUUCGAAAGAUAUGCUGAGCUCAAAGGACAUAAAAGUGUGGUUAAUCAAGUUGUUUGGAGGGAUGACAAUCAUCUGAUUUCCUCUGAUCAGGAAGGGACAAUCCAUGAAUGGGAUAUUAUUAAAAAGAAAGAAAUAUGGGUGUAUAAAAUACCUGAGCAAACAUGCAGUGCUUUUGCUGUUUCGACGGAUAACACGUAUGUUGCAUCCUCGGGCGGCAAAGUUAGACGUUUCAGCAACACUGUCCUGAAUGGGGAGCUAGACGCACAUGUGCAAAUGACUGCUUUAGUUAUAGCCGAUAUUAUGUUGCUUGGAGGAACCAUGAAAGGAUCCAUUACUGCAUUUCCUCUGACUCUGGAAGGAGGUGCAAUAUUUGAAAUCCCUUGUCAUCAAAGCAAUGUAAUCAAUCUUCGUUUAAAAGAUGGUGGAUGUACGUUAUUAGCAACUGGAGAGGAUGGUAUGAUUUCAACAUGGAGAGUCCAAAAUGUUAACAGUACCGAGACAGAUUUAUUUGCCGAAGAAGUUUUGAUUGAAAGAAAGGUUCUCGAAGAGGAAGAUGAUUUAAUACUAGAAAUGGAAAAAAAGCUGGAUAAUCAAAUGACAAAAUAUGAAAAUGACAGGCGUCUUCAGAAUGAGCAACAUGAAAAAGAAAUGGCAUGUGCAAUACAGGGGUAUAAAGCAAUACAAAAAAGACAGAUGUCAAAAAUUAUGGAAUUGACUGAGAAAAAUUACAAUAUUCAGAGCUCUUCAGAAGAAGAACUUGUGAAAAGAAUUGAAAAAAUCCGCGGUCAAAAGAACAAAGACAAACAGGAAAUCGAAGCUAAAAUUUUGAACGAAAGCGAACGCCGCGAAAAACUCGUAGCUGAAAGAGAGAAGGUCAGAAAACUCUACGACAGCGAAAUUUCUAAAAUAAGAGACGAAAAUGAGUCCAGUAUUUCGACAAUGCGGGAGUUAAAUGAGAAGGAUGAAGCAAAGAUAAAAGAACUCGAAACAAGUAUGCAAAAGGAACUAGACGCAAGAGCUAAGAUUGUGGCACAAAACAAAGAUUUUUACCAAAACUUUGAAGAACUGACUGCAAAAAAAUCUGAAGAAUUUAAUUCCAGGCUUAGAUCUGAUUUAGAGAAACGCUUGUAUGAAAAUUCAUUGAUUACUUCUGAGAUAGAAAGACUUCGUGGAGAACUUAAAUAUGAAAAGGAAUGUUGCCGUGCACUGGAUGCUGAAUUCGGCACUAAGAAAAAGAUGCAUGAAAAUCUUGAAUCCACUAUAAAAUAUAUCAAAGACAAAAUCAGUCAGCUUCAUGACGACAUCUGCAGGAAAGAAUCCGUGCUGGACGACAAGGGAUCGAUGACUGUUGUUUUAGAAGAAGAAGCGAAGGAAAUGGUACACUUAAAUUCGGAAGCCGAUUGGAAGCAUGAAGAUUACAGAAAAGUACUCGAAAUAAAAAUUAAGGAGUUAAGUGACAUCGAUAAAGAGUUAAAAAAACUGAAAGCUACUCACAGAGAAUUAAUAAGUCAACUCAAGAUGCUGGCAAGAGAAAAAUUAUUGCUCAGUGGGCGUCUAAAAUCCACAGAAAAAAGCAUUGAAGAAAACACGCAAAAGCUGAUGAAAACACAGCUCGUGAUGGAACGAUACAAAGCAGAAUUUGUUUCUUGUACGGAAAACAUUCAAGAUUCGAAAGCUCUGAGGUGGGCUAUGCUCCGACUUUUGCAGAUGCGAAUUCUGAAAGGCCCAAUCAAGGAAGAAGAAGUAUUUGUGGGAGAUACAGAUCCUUACAGCAAAUUCUGUCGCCUAAGGGAUCACUAUGAAUCCUUGAUCAGUACUAUUUUAAAUCGGACGAAGGAAGUUCAAACCACAUUUCGUAAGAAUUACGUCAAAUUAGCUAAGGAAAACUCGGAUUGGACAGCCUUUGGUGAAGCCCUUCGAACGGACUUCCAACAGAAGGAAGAACGCAUCAGUUGUUUAGAGGAAGCCCUUCAAAUGCCUUGGAAUCAGUUUGCUACUGAUCCGUCUGAAACCCAGCGACGUCUCCAAAAUGCGUAUGAAAAUCUAGAAUGCUUGGAAAAGACAGAAAACGAAGAGAUUCAGAAAAGACUAUCUCUCAUUGAAGAGCAAGACAAGGAAUUGCAGCGGCUACAUGGUCUCCUUGUUGUUGAUCAACGAGGCAUCGUUGCCCGGAAAAUGGCACUCUGAAUAUUCAUUUAAGAUUUGUAUUUAUUGUUCUUCUUCCUUAAAUAUUUUUAAUUUUUUAAUUUUAUGGCAGUCUUUUGCAUAACUUAACCCAAAUUUGCUUUCAGAAUCAGCUUUUAAUAUAUCACAGUAUGGAGAAAAUAAAUUCUUAA